AUGCUGUCGACAGAAACGGCCACGAACGGCCACUCAAAGCAAUUCAAAGUGAUAAUAAUAGGCGGAGGAAUUGCCGGCCUAACUCUCGCACACUCCCUAGAACGCGCAGGGAUAUCGUAUACGCUGCUAGAAAAGCAUCAUGACUUCCGCCCCCGACUGGGCGGCGUCCUUGUCAUAGCGCCGUCCGGUGCACGCAUCAUCGACCAACUCGGGCUCUAUGAGAGUAUGAGUGAGGUUUCAGAGCCAAUUACGACGCCUCGAACGGGAUUUCCAGAUGGACAAUGCUCGAGUCAGCACUGGUUGUCUGAGUUGGAGAGGAGAUAUGGAUACCCGGUGAAUGUUAUUACGCGCCAGAAGAUGUUGGAGGUGCUGUAUGAUGGCCUCCGGGAGUCAACCAAUGUUAUAGGAGGCAAGAGGGUGACGGGCAUUUAUCAUAAGGAAUCAGAAGUCGCGGUGCAUACGGCUGAUGGUGGAGUAUACAAGGGGGAUUUAGUCGUCGGGGCAGACGGCGUGAAUAGCAUUGCUCGAUUGGACAUGCUACAGGCAGCAGGGAAGGGUGCGAUGCAAGAGGCAACUAGCCUUGCGUCGGAAUAUCGAGUCUUGAUUGGGAUGUCGAAACAAAUAGCAGGCAUACGCGCUGGAGAGCAAAUAGUCCGCUGCCACGACGGAUUUGCGAUAUUCGUUUUCUGCGGCAAGGACAGUGAACUUGGCUGGUUUGUAGUCGACAAACUGGAUCGACGAUAUCAGUAUCCUGACAAACCCGUCUACUCAACGGCCGACAACAUCAGCUUCUGCGAGAGCAUAGGAGACGUGCAGAUAUGGGACGAAGUACGGUUUAGAGAUGUAUUCAACGCAAGGACAUCGUUCUCUUCUGCGCUGGUGGAAGAGAACGUGUUCCAGACGUGGCACAGUGGCCGGAUUGUGUGCAUUGGUGACAGCAUCAGCAAGGCAAGCCCAAAUACAGGACUCGGCGCAAGUAUGGCCAUGGAGAGUGCGGCCGCGCUCGCAAGCCAACUGUAUCAGCUUGUGCACUGCACGCAAGGGAAGCCGUCUCAAGCUGCGGUAGACGAGAGCCUGAGCAACUUCAGAAAGUCACAUCACCAGCGGUCUAGGAUAAUUGGAUACGCGUCAUACGAGGCCAUUCGCCUGCAUACGCGGGCUACAUUCGUGAAAAGACUUGUUGGUCCCAUGUUCAUGACGUCCGAGCGGAUGGCACUGUUCUUCCAGUCUACGGUUGCAGAUGGCGGAGCAAAGCUGGAUUUUCUCCCUCUGCCACCGCGUGGAACGGCCUGGGGAGAAACGAAGCGAGGGUUCCUCAGGCGUUGCUGGAUUGUGAUAGUGGGAGGCCUGCUCACGGUCCUCUUGUUGAUGCAGGGCUAG